UUAAAUCCUACCCUUCAUCAAAAACGUUUUACAUCAUAUAUCCCUUGGCGUGUUCGGAUCUUCUUUUACAUUUUCAGCAUUUCCCAAACAUUCCCAACACGUAAAAUGCCAUUAAAAGUACAGAUAGAAAGCUAAGGCCAGCUUCAAUAUCAAUUUGAAUACUUGGUCUUUGAUUCAUGCAUGAUAUGUAUAUAUAUAUAUAUAUAUAUAUAUAUAUAUAUGCACAUACAUAUAUUCAUACAGGCAUUAAGCUUGAGUCUUGAAGCUAGCUCUUGAAUCCAUUAAGUACUAGAAAUUUACAAUGGCGGUGAGAAAUUUUUGGGCUUCUUAUAAAAUUUCAAAUCUGAUUACAUCAGUUCAUCGUUAUUGGCUUUUCGCUGGCAAUCCAUCUCAGUCACAGCACCGUGAUGUGCGUUUCUCUAACGUUGGAUAUAGUUGUUCUACACAUCAAGGGUUGAGAUUGAUUUGCACCAGUGCUGGCAGUUCUAGUGGAGCACAUCUAAAGCACAAGCCUGACCAUAUGGUGAAGGAUAAAGUGGACAAGGUUCAACCAGUACCAGUGCCACCUUCUUCUAUGCCCAGAUUUUAUAUGUGGUACUUAAAAAAAUUGUUUAUAAAUGAAUUUUGACAUGAAUAUAUAUAUAUUUUUUUCUCCGAAAGUUCAAACAAAUACACAUAGAUUUACAAUAUUGUUUUUAACGAAACUCGAACUCUCAACCUCUCCUUUGAGAAUGAGAGAU